AUGGAUGAAAACCAAACAGAAUUUGUGAAAGAAUUUGUCCUAGCAGGCUUCUCCCAGACACCAGCUGUUGAGGCAGCAUUAUUUGUGUUAUUUCUCUUCUUCUAUGUUUCUACUUGGGUGGGCAAUGUCCUUAUCAUGCUCACAGUGGCUUCUGAUAGCCACUUGCAUUCAUCGCCUAUGUACUUUCUUCUUGGCAAUCUCUCUUUCCUGGACCUCUGUUAUUCGACUGUAACUACUCCCAAGCUUCUGGCUGACUUCCUUGAAAAUGAAAAACUCAUUCCAUAUGACCAGUGCAUCGUGCAGCUCUUCUUUCUCCAUUUUGUAGGGGCAGCUGAGAUGUUUCUGCUUACAGUGAUGGCUUAUGAUCGCUAUGUUGCAAUUUGCCUUCCUCUGCACUACAUGACUAUUAUGAGUCGAAGGUUAUGCUGUUUUUUGGUAGCUGCUUCCUGGACAGGAGGGUUUGUACACUCCAUUGUUCAGACAAUUCUCACUAUCCAUUUGCCCUUUUGUGGGCCAAACCAGGUAGACAACUUCUUUUGCGAUGUUCCUCCUGUCAUCAAACUUGCCUGUGCAGACACUUUUGUCAUUGAAUUACUAAUGGUGUCUAACAGUGGGUUGAUCUCUACUAGCUCAUUUGUGGUUCUGCUUUCUUCCUAUGCCACUAUCCUUGUCAAGAUUCGUUCUAAGGAGGGAAGACGAAAGGCACUCUCCACCUGUGCCUCCCAUCUCAUGGUGGUAACACUCUUUUUUGGACCUUGUAUUUUCAUCUAUGCUCGGCCCUUCUCCACUUUCUCUGUGGACAAGUUGGUGUCUGUGCUCUACAAUGUCAUUACCCCCAUGCUGAAUCCACUUAUCUACACACUACGUAACAAAAAUGUCAAAUCAGCUAUGUGGAAGCUAUGGGACAGGAGUGGGCUUACUAGAAAAAAGCAAGAUACAUGA